AUGUCCCUUCUUGUGUCCCUCCAGAGAGUCCCCCCUAGUUUCCCUCCAGAAUAUGCAAAAUCCUCCAGCUUUUGUAAUUCUACUACAACUGCUAACAUUGCGCAACAGAACGGCUAUGUCAUCUGCUCCUGUAAGCCUGGUUUCAUUGGUAACGGGCAGGACUGUACGAGGAUGGCGUUUUGUGAUACAUUCCAGUGCUGUCCUCCCGGGUAUAACUGGGAUGUUAACAGGAAGUCAUGUGUGGACAUCAAUGAAUGUUCCUCCUCAACCCUGCACAAAUGCUCCCCAACAGAAACCUGCAUCAACCGCAAUGGCAUUUACCUCUGUGUGGCCAGCCCCACGGCCCUCUGUAAUGGUGCUACGUGUUCCAAGGACCAGGACUGCAUAAAAACCAAAAACGGUUAUCAAUGUGUUGAUCCCUGUGACUGGUAUGAUAUACUGAAUGGAGAUAGCCGAUUGUUCUCCAUUGAUUCCUCCGGUAGAUUCAGCACUGACAGAUACAAUUUUGGCUGGUUCCGGUAUACUGGAAGAAGUACCAACAGCUUGAAAGUGGGACCCGUGUCACCUCUACAAUGUGGGUCGCUGGAACCGUAUUCUAUUGACGGAACUCAUCCAAACAUUGGGGAUGGGAUACAGAGGAUGACCUUACUCAGCAAUACCCUGUCUGGGACCAUAAAAGCCGGUACAGUUCCAGUAAAGGCCUGCCCCAGAGGAUACUACGUCUACAAGUUCUCAGGAAUGCUCAAGUUUGACGUCUACUGCACAGGUGAGGCCUCAGUCCACCUGUUGCUGCUCUGA